AAAACUGACCAUGCGUUAAAUCUGAAAUAUUUAUUCAAAGUAAAUUAACUAUCAACUUGAAUUAUCUAAAUUUUUGAAAUUUCUGUGUUUUUGGCGGGGAUUCCCUUGCUGCAAAAAGGGGUUCCCCAAUAUUAGUGUUUGCAAUCUUGUCAAAUUCUUCUCUAUUUUUCCUUUUUAUUUUUACUUUAGACAUAAAAGUGGUAAAGAAUUUCAAUGGGUCGAAAGGUGACAUUAGCGACAUGUUCUCUCAAUCAAUGGGCUAUGGAUUUUGAGGGAAACAUGCAAAGAAUUAUCAAAAGUAUCGUCUUAUCUAAAGAAAAGGGUGCCACGGUUAGAUUGGGUCCCGAGCUGGAAGUUACCGGCUAUGGGUGUGGUGACCAUUUCUCUGAAAGUGAUACUUUUCUGCACUCAUGGCAGGUCCUGGCAGAAAUACUCAACCAUCCGUCCUGUACUGAUAUCAUCUGUGAUAUAGGCAUGCCUGUGAUGCACAAGAAUGUCGCGUAUAACUGCAGGGUGAUUAUUUUCAAUAGGAAAAUAUUGUUAAUUCGUCCAAAGUUGGCCAUGUGUGAUGGUGGAAAUUUCCGGGAGACGAGAUGGUUCUCAGCGUGGGCCAAGCUCAAGGAAACCGAAGAACAUUUCCUUCCCAGAAUGAUUCAGUCAGUUACCGGCCAGAAAACAGCACCUAUUGGAGAUGCUGUUAUAUCGACGCUCGACACUUGUAUUGGGGUUGAAAUCUGUGAAGAGCUUUAUACAUCUAAAAGCUCACAUGUUGACAUGGGCCUGGAUGGAGUUGAGAUAUUCACAAAUGCCAGCGGAAGUCAUCACCAACUACGAAAGGCCAAUAUCAGGGUGGAUUUAGUCACGUCUGCAAGCUCAAAGAGUGGUGGUAUUUAUCUCUAUGCGAAUUUCUUUGGGUGUGAUGGUGAGAGAGUGUGUUAUGAUGGUUGCUCCAUGGUGGCUGUGAAUGGAGACAUCGUUGCCAGAGGAGCUCAGUUCUCCCUGAAAGAAGUGGAAGUAGUGACAGCGACUGUUGAUCUUGAGGACGUCAGGAUGUACAAGAACAAAUUAAGAUCAAGAUGCACCAAUAGUGCCAAAACCCCCAGCUACCCGAGGAUCCAUGUUGACUUCGCUUUGUCAGAGCAAAACGACAUGUUCAAAUCCUGCAGUGAACCGAUGAAAUGGAAGUAUCACACACCUGAAGAGGAAAUCAACCUGGGACCAGCACUAUGGUUAUGGGACUACCUGAGGAGAAGUGGACAGGGUGGAUACUUCAUCCCUCUCAGUGGAGGCAUAGACAGCUCAAGCUCCGCCUGUAUUGUCUACUCCAUGUGUAAGCUUGUCUGUCAAGCGGCCAACGAUGGAGAUGCCCAAGUGGUAUGUGAUGCUCAGCGCAUUGUCGGUGAGCAAGGUUACAUUCCUACCAAUCCAAGAGAACUGGCUAGUAGGAUAUUUACCACUUGUUAUAUGGGGACAACCAACAGUUCUCUGGACACAAGGACGAGAGCUAGGGAUCUAGCUCAGGAGAUCGGAAGUUAUCACAUUGACAUCAACAUUGACCCAGCAGUCGAAGCCGUCAUGGGAAUUUUCAUCAAAUUCUUUGGGUUGAAGCCAAAGUUUAAGGCGUUUGGUGGUAGUGUUAGGGAGAAUAUAGCAUUACAGAAUAUACAGGCGCGUCUACGGAUGGUUCUUGCCUACUUGUUUGCCCAGCUGACUCUCUGGGCUAGGGGAAAGUCUGGAGGACUUCUAGUGCUCGGCUCAGCUAAUGUGGAUGAAGGAUUACGUGGCUACCUCACAAAGUACGACUGUUCAAGUGCCGAUGUGAACCCAAUCGGGGGAAUCAAUAAGACAGAUCUUAGAAGCUACAUCAAAUACUGCAUCAGAAUGUAUGGCUUUAAAUCUCUUUCGAGUAUUUUUGAUACUCCUCCUACGGCAGAAUUGGAGCCACUCGUCGAUGGACAGAUUGCACAGACAGAUGAGGAUGACAUGGGCAUGACGUAUGAAGAGCUGUCUUUCUAUGGGAAACUACGGAAGAUUCAGGGAUGCGGUCCAUACAGCAUGUUUUGUAAGCUUGUUUACAUGUGGAAGGAAAGAUUCUCACCUAGAGAGAUUGCAGCCAAAGUACAGCACUUCUUCCGCUACUAUUCGAUCAAUCGGCACAAAAUGACAACAAUCACCCCUGCUUACCAUGCUGAGGCAUACAGUCCUGAUGACAAUCGCUUCGACCUGAGACAGUUCCUGUACAAUGUGCGAUGGCCAUGGCAGUUUCGUUGUAUUGACCAACAGGCCGAGAAAAUGGAAGAAAUGCUUAGGACAAAGACAGGUAUAAGCGGACCAGACCUAGGCAAAAGAAUGGCUGAUGGUAGCCUCAAGGGGGAGGCUAGUGAAAGCAGGGGCAAAGGAGUUGUGGUGUAAAGGCCGAGUCAUUCUCUACAUCUUAUAAUAAUUACCAUCUUAUAAUAAUUUCUCGGGGAGUAGCCUAGUAGUCCUGAGUCAAGGUGGAGGGCUGGUUAGAUAAGGAGCGAGGUGGUGGCAGUGGUGUAUGUCUUCAUUUGAAAGGCCAGCCAUUCCAGGACCUACUCUCGUGCACGUUACUGCUUUCUCAGGGACCAGAGCUGAGCCACAGAAUGGGUGAUAGUAGCAGCACGGUGGACAGUAUGAGUAAAGAGGCAGCAGGGUUGUAAUUUGUAGUGAAAAUGUCUUGGCUUUAGUUUGAAGAGCCAGUCAUUCUGUGAUGCUUUGAUAUGGCAAUCUUUUAUUCAAUAAAAUUG